CAACAAAAGCAGGCAGGCACACACUAGAACUAGAAGUGGUCCAAACAUAAACUCUUAAAUCACCCUCUUGGCUUUUCCUCUGUUUUCUUUCUCCCCUGUUUCCCCAAUCCCAUUCUUUCUCAGAAACCAAUGUGAAAUUACCAAAUUAGACAUACCCAUGAGAGAGAGUAGAGGUGGGUCUGUGUCAAAUUUGCAAAUUUCUUCCAUUUUCAUCUCAAUUCUCCGAUCCCGUGACUCCAUUCUCUCUCUCUCUUUCUUGAUCUUAAAUAGUUGAAUUUUGGGUUUUGUGCAUUUAGUUUGUUAACUGCACACCAACUGUUUGUGUAAAUGCGUCUGUGAAUGUUUGUAUUAUUCUUGCUUUCCUGAUUUGGUAGUACAAAGUUUCUGCACUCUGUUUCGAUGAAUUUUAUGUUGAUUCGUCAUGUUUUGUGGGUUUUAGAAAAAGGGUUUCUGGUAUCUUGUUAUUUUAAGUUUUUCUUUGGCUUUUUUCUCAUUUGUUUAUACACAAAAAUCAGCACUUUUUGUUAGGGUUUAGGGUUCUUUAUAAUAGUUCUUUAUCUUCACUCCACAAGAUCUUUCAACAUUUUCACACUGAAUUUCAAUAAAUCUUGUGAAUUUCCAAAGUGGGUUCGUCUCAAUUUUGUGUAGAUUUUAUAGGGCUCUUAUAAAUCUUGAAACUUGAGGAUGAAUACAUGAAUCUUGGGUUGAAUUAACUUUCUUGAAAUAAUCAAAAUGACAUCUUGUUUAGCUGGAGCUUAUGGAUUUGAUCUUGAAAACAUUGUUAAAGCAUCAUCAUCCUCUGCUACUUCAAGUAGAAAUUCAAACUCAUCGUCUCCAUCUUCGACUCUCUCCGAAUCAAGCAAUUCGCCAAUCGCUAUCUCCACUCGAAAGCCCCGAACUCCUCGAAAAAGACCCAACCAAACAUACAAUGAAGCAGCUGCUCUUCUCUCCACAGCCUGUCCUGCAAUUUUCUCAAUAACCAAAAAGAACAAUAAGCAGUCGAAAUUACCGAAUCACCACACUUAUUUCUUCAACGAACCACCCGAGUUGAUUCUACCCUUUCCUGUAACCGAAAAGCCCGUUAAGGUGAAACCAAGGGGAAUUGAAUAUAAUGGAUAUAAUGGGAAUUGGAAUUAUAGCCCGAAUUCGAAUUCAAUGGAGUUAAGGGAACGAUACGAGGAUGAUUUCGAUGCAGAGUCGAUGCUCGAUGAGGAAAUUGAAGAGGGAAUUGAUAGUAUCAUGGGGAAGUUAAAUUCGAUUCCGGGAAGUGAUCAACUUUCCAAUGAGAAAAGUUGUUUUAGUUUGAAUUUUGGUUUCAAUUACAACACGUGUUACGGGUAUCCAAUGGGAUUAGGACUUGGUGGAAAUUUGGAGUUAAAUUUUGGGUUCGGGUUGAGAAACGGAGUGAGGGCAUUGAGGAAGGUAGAUGAAGGGCAUUGGAGUGUUCCGGCGGUCAAUGUGAUAAAUGUAUCGAAUGUAUCACCGCCUGCAUCGACAAAAUCGAAGAAAUCGCCUAUUGAGAAGAAAAAGAAAGUGGAGGACUUGAUGAAGUUGGGACCGGUAUUGAGGACUCCAAUUGUUGGUGAGGAGAUUUUGAAUCUUGAAAAUGGGCCAAGGUUGUUAUUGAAGUUGAAUUAUGAGAAAGUUUUGGAAGCUUGGUCGGGUAAAGGGUCGCCGGUGUUGGAGAAAGCGUCGAGGCCGGAGUCUCCGGGACGAGCUAUUCGUACAAGGUCAGCUCGAAUAGUGGACUUAUUCUCCGAAAAUGAAGGGGCAAGAGACGCUAGUGCGACUCGUUGUAAAGAAAAAAGGCGCACAUGGCUCUUUUCCAAGAAGAUCAAGUAUCAAGUUAGAAAAAUCAAUGCCGAUAAAAGACCUAGAUCCAAGGGGAGAUUUGUUAGAAGGCCAGAUUCUCCCACUUGUGAGGAGACAUAAGCAACUAGAAUUUACACUUUACACCCUCUCAUAUUCUGCUGUUUUAGCUAUUAGGCCCCUUGUGUUUUAACAUUUCAACUUUUUUGUCCUUUCUUUUUGUACACCAUUUAGAUAAGUGUUGUUGGGUUGAGGAACAAACAGGAAGCUAAGUGAGAAUCCAAAACAUAUAUUGUUGUACUAUUCAUAAUCAUUCAUAUUUCUUUUUCUUUCUAUGUUCA